GUAGCGCGCCGCGGAAAAAACAUAUCAUAUCAUCGUCGCGUUUCGCACAGCGCAACAUUGCAUUAGUACCUUAGCUUACCUACCCACAGACAGCAGUGUCUGGCAGUGCCCGUUCCGUCGUCGCGAGGAGCGAAAAAGAAAAAGAAAGAGUGAGAAAGAGAUGGCUGACGAUGUCGUACUCGACAGCUCGGAAAGCAACGUCUAAGCCAUGGCUUUACAGCUGAUCGAGUUUAAAGAGAGCUAGCGAUGAGUCAGGAGGAGGAGGGCCGUAAACGCGGCUCCUCGGUCAGCUACAUACGCGGCAACGGUGGCGCGAAGGACAACGUCGGCGACGACGACGAUGGCAGUGUCGUUCCUGACGAUGAGAUUCACAUCUCACUCGCGCCCUAUAUACAAACUUACUUAGCGCACAGUGGUCAAGGUUUGGGAUGCUGCGGGGUUGGCUUACCUGUACCCUUCGAAAGGGCUGCACCCCGAUCAUGGUGGAAUCCGAAAUUCGACUCUGAAAUUCUAGAAGGACAGUACAAGUGCAGCUCCUUUCCGCAGAUCAGACUACGAUUUAGGUAUGCUCUCACCUACAUACUUUUGAUAUCAAUAAUAUGGCUGGGUUACUUUGUCAUACUUGGCAUAGAAGAUAAAAGUGAUUGUUGGUUAGCUAUAGUAAUGAUGUUCGGCACUGUUAGCAUAUUAUGUGCAGCAAUUCUUUACCUCACUUACACAGACUAUUACAGAACUUUUGUCUUGCCUAUAUCAGUGGGCGUUGCCUUGAUGCUUUGUUUUCUAUCGAUAUUGUUUCUGGUUUUAGUGCCACCUUAUGAGGAUGGCUUAACAUUGGUUGGACAUUUUGCAUUAUGUUCAGAAAUCUUACUGCUGAUAUAUACAGUCUUGCCAUUGCCAUUGUAUCUCUGUGUACUGAUAUGUUCGCUCUACUCAUUUCUAUUUGAAUUCUUCACUGCUUACAAAUACAGUUCUGAAAGUACAAGACAAUAUUUCAGUGAUGUAGUCCCACCCCCAAGUGUAGCAGUCCAUUCUUUCAAUCAGAACAUCACUUUUCAAAGGCUGAUAAGAGCUGUAAACAAUACAAGUAGUAUCGUCAACAGUACUAUACAAGAAUUUCUGCCAUUAUUAAUGCCAAAUCUCGAGUCUGAAACAAAUCUCCUCAACUCCAGUUAUGAAGCUUCUUUAUCGAUAAUUUAUGAUGAUGUAACAAAUACUAAGAUUCUUAUUAUAAGAAUUCUUAUGCAGAUUUGCAUCCACUUAAUUGGUGUACAUAUCCUGAUAAUGACCUUUGUACGAAUGCGAGGUACAUUUAUGAAAGUUGGUCAAUCUUUACUCGUACGUAGGCAGCUUGAGAUGGAGAAACAGCUCAAAGAGAAGAUGAUACACUCUGUAAUGCCACCUAAAGUUGCUGAUUGGUUGAUGGAGGAAAGCGAGAGAGAAAGAGAACGCGAAGACUCGCUGAAAAAAGGUUCAAUACCGUCUAAUAAUACCGACAUUCGUUCGCUCUUCAGACCCUUUAACAUGCACUCGAUGGAUGACGUUAGUAUAUUGUUUGCGGAUAUCGUUGGUUUUACAAGGAUGAGUAGUAACAAGACAGCUGAGGAACUGGUCGGAAUAUUGAAUGAUCUGUUCGAGAGAUUCGAUGAUUUAUGUGAGCAGCACGGCUGUGAGAAGAUUUCAACUCUUGGCGAUUGUUACUAUUGCGUGAGUGGAUGUCCUGAGCCAAGACCUGAUCAUGCAAAGUGUUGCGUGGAAAUGGGUUUGGCAAUGAUCGAGGCAAUAAAGCAAUUCGACAUCGAGCGCCGUGAAGGUGUAAAUAUGCGAGUUGGCGUUCAUACCGGUACCGUACUAUGUGGUAUCGUUGGUACAAAAAGAUUUAAGUUUGAUGUGUGGUCAAACGAUGUCACCCUUGCCAACAAACUUGAGAGUACUGGUAAACCUGGUAGGGUUCAUUUGAGCGAAAAAACUUUGAGCUUUCUCAAUGAUCAGUAUCUCACCGAAGAUGGCGAGCUUGUUAAUGGUAUGAAAACCUACUUUAUAAAAACUCGCAAAGCUGAUUUCGUCUCGCAAGUAAUGAACAGCGUAAACGCGCCAACGAACGUCUCACCAAUACUUCAAGCCCGUCAUCGUCUAGCCUCGUGUAGUAGUCAAGGUAAAGCUGUACGUCCGCACUAUCUACACAUGGUGACGAAUGCGAGUAGUUAUCGUAUGAAAGCGAAUUCGUUGCCAAGUAUCCUCGAUUCGGACAACGAUGCCGACAACAUGGACGAGGUUGAAGAUUCAAGUAAAUCGCCUAGUUCAACUGCCAGUUACGGCAAGAAAAAGAAACUUCGGCCUUGGAGGUAUUUACAAAGACAAAGGACUACCGAAGAGAUGUCACCAUUGGAAGUAGAAAGUAGAAGGAAUAUUAUAAUUGCUGAAGCAAAUCUGGGAUUGCCGUUUGCGCCAACGCCGCCUGUUGCUAAGAAUAAUGGAUCGCCAAAGUUCCCAAUCCCAGUGAACAAUGUUCUGGAAGUAGAUAUGAAUCCAAUGCCUUCGAGUCCAUUACUUCCUGGACAGGAUACACUGAGUCAUGCAUCCUCGAUAUGUAGUAGAAAAGACUCUGGUAUACGCAGCAACAGUAGACGUAGUAGUAUACAGCAACAGCUAUUCCUGAUGAAUGGGAUGACCCAAGGUGAUUUGUUGGGACCAAGAGUAAGCGGUUAUUAUACGUCUAGCUCGACACUGAAUUCCACUCAUGAUCCGUCGUCAUCUGUUCCACCUUAUCCAUUUCCACCGGCCGUUACCGAUACAUUUGGCGCCUGUUUUCAUAAGCUUCGAAAGCAAUCUGAUUUACAAUUGAUCAGAUGUGUACAGGACAACGUAACAUCACAAAGCUCGUAUUUCGUUAAACCACCAUUAUCCAGUGUCACACUAUUUUUUAAAAACAAAGAGAUGGAAAAGGAAUAUCGUGAAAAUGCACACAAGGCCUCUGAAGGUAUCGGUGGUAAUCCACCAACACUUGCGACGUCGCGUUUCAACACGUACUUUGAUAUCUUAAUCUCGGCCCUCGUUUAUACGGCUAUCGCGAUAUCGCUGUUUCUACUCUGCAAGCCAACAUUGCAGUAUCAUAUAUUCUUCGGCCUCGCUGCUCUCAUUCAGAUUUUCGCGGUCACACUGUGUAUACGACAGUUGUUAAAUCCAGGUCUAACAUUCGCUCACAAAAUCUUCAAGUUCUUUGCCAAAUGGUAUCCAUGGCACGUGUGCGGUGCCAUCCUGGUCGGCCUGCCAAUCGUUUCAAUUUUAAUGAAUUUCACCUGCAAUAACAUUAGUUUAGGGCAUUUCGAGUACUACUACAGCUACUUAGUGAUCGUUGCUCUCGUGCACUUUUGUAACUUUACGCAACUUAAUUGCUGGAUGAAGAAUUUUCUAGCAACUCUCACUGGGAUAAUUUUCGUUUAUCUUGUCAUUAGUCAUGUAUACAGACAGAAUAUCGUUACGUUACAAUCAGAUUCGUCAAAAGAACUUAACAACAACUUUGGAAUCAACUCGUCAAUAGGUCGUCCAAUACAUCCAAUCUCUCCUUUAUCAUCUGAAAAUCCGAUCGACAAUUUAUUACGACCAGAUCAGUCAUCCAGUGUCAUGAACGCAAUAGAAACACCAACAAAAAGCGAAGGAGCUUAUGAGUAUAAUAAACGACUCUAUGAUUCAGAGAUUUAUUUCGAUCUUGGUCUUCUUCUACUUCUCGUCUGGUUUUUAAACCGAGAAUUUGAAAUCAGUUAUAGAUUGAGUUUCCACGGUAACGCAGUGGCAGCUCGAGAUAAAAGUCGCGUACAGUCGAUGAAGAAUCAGGCAGAUUGGCUGUUGCACAACAUUAUACCUAAGUACGUCGCAGAUCAGUUAAAAACCACUGCCAAAUAUUCUCAGAAUCACAAGCAAGUGGGCAUUAUUUUUGCUAGUAUAGUCAAUUUUAAUGAGCUCUACGAUGAGUCGUAUCUCGGAGGCAAAGAGUAUCUGAGAGUGUUAAACGAGUUGAUUGGAGAUUUCGAUGAGUUACUUGAAAAGAAAGAAUAUUCAAACGUUGAGAAGAUCAAAACGAUUGGUAGUACUUUUAUGGCAGCUAGUGGUUUGAAUCCUCAGGUGAGGCUACAGAGUGAGCACAAGUACACGCAUUUGUAUCAGCUAUUGGAAUUCGCCGAAGCCAUGCACAAAGUUAUUUACGAUUUCAACAACGAUCUUCUAGGCUUCAAAUUGAUACUUCGUGUAGGGUUUAAUUACGGUGAUGUUACUGCAGGUGUAAUCGGCGCAACCAAAUUGUACUACGAUAUCUGGGGCGACGCAGUAAAUAUCGCCUCACGAAUGGAUUCCACUGGCGUAGCUGGUGAAAUUCAAUUUGCCAGUAACUGCCUGGACGUCGUUUCACUGAGGUACAAUUACGAGCCUCGUGGUCAAGUCUACGUCAAAGGCAAAGAUGAUAUGAACGUAUUUCUGCUAAAGGGUAAAAGAAGUUGAGUCGACGUGCUAGGUAUAUAUAGAUAGGGAGAUUAAUGUAAAGGUGAAUGUUACCAGUCUCGAAUGGGAGACGGUUUAUUGUUAGAUUUUACGUAUGGGAGAGAUGAUGCAAGUAGAUUGAAAAUUUGAAUGCCAACGGAGAAUGAGCUUUUUAAUUGUCGAUUAAUGCAAAUUCUAAAUAAGAACUCUAAAUAGUAGGUAGACAAAAAUUAAAGACACAUUCUGAUAAUAUUUAUUUUUACAAAAAAAACUCUUUGAAAGUUAAGCAAAUAUUUUAAGAUUUUUUUUAAUACAUAUUCAUCUGCAGAAUAUAUAUGAAUAGUAAAUUGAUUCUACGUACAUCAAAUAGGUAAUGCAUUUUAAAUAUUAUAAUAAUGAAGUUAAUAAAGACUUCAAGUUUUAACAAUUACGAUAAAAAGAUUUGAAAAAAAGUUCCUUAACUUACUAUAAAGUAGUUCUUUAUAAAACGCCUAUUUACUUGAAAAAUUAAUAUUCAAGCAUCAAUUAAAACAAAUAAGAUAUUAAAUAUUUAUUGUCAUGUAUUUGGGUUAGUUGAAAAUAACUGUAAGCACGGUACUUGGUUAUACUAAUAUUUAUUUAAUUAAAGGCAAAUUUACAUUGAUUCGAGUCAGACGUGAAUCAGGUAUGCAAGCCUUCAGAAAUGAAUCCUAAACUAAGGACUGAUAUUAACAGUAAAGAAGUUUGUCGAUUGUUAACUUGAAAGCGUCUGAUAUGGUUGCUCAAAGUGACCGCUGUGAUAAUAAAGUUUUGUAAAAAAAAUGCCACUAAUAUGUACCAUAUACUCUCUGAUAGCAUCAAAUUUUCAAUCUACUAACUAAUGCGUCAAUAAAACAAAACUAAAUGGCCAAAAAAUGUUAUUGCUUAAAUUUACACACACAAGACACACAAAUACACACACGCAUAUAUUGUAAACGCCUUGAUUCAACAUAAAUGGAUACUCGUUCGAUUGUGAUAAAUCACGCCUUAUUAAGCCUCGUUGACUGCUCAUUCUCAGUAAAAAAAAGAGGUGGGAGAAUUUCGAUUUGAAAUAAAUACCGUAUUUUUGUAAAUAAAAAUUGUCUGAAAUGAAAUUACAAUAGCAAUUGAUAAGGGGAAGACAGAGUGAAACACGGUGAACACAUAAUUUAUAAAUAUAAGUACACAACUUUAAUAUAUAUGCGCUUUCAAUGAGCCUCGCGUUCACGUAAGUGUCUUGUAUUCAAUUGUAAAAAUCGUCGUAACUCCAAAAUAAAAGAAUAUAAGUGUAAUAAUUGGUAACGUGCUACUUUACCGAUUAUGUAUUAUAAUGAAAAUAAUAACGCCACUAGCUCGUUUAAAGCAGCUAGAUUUUUGUUAAUGAUGGUUUAUUGAUUUUACUGACGAAUGAUUUCGUCCUUUUAGCGUUAAUUUAAUAAAGACUCGAGAGCGAUGAACAACAGCAAGCAAAAAAUAGUACAUGGUACUAUUAAAAGAAUCUUAUAUUGUAUGAUGUCUUUUGACAUACAAAGAUUUAGAGUAAUUUUUUUCAAAUAAAAGUUUUUCAAUGAUUUGCUAGCUGAGCAAGUGUUCAUUUGUUCAUGAAGUCUUUGUAAAAAAAUGAAGAAACCAAUUGUAACUUUUGAUUUAACCAAUUGUAACACUGUCUUCCGUGGUGCUGAUACUUUGUAUAUAUCAUGACAGAAAUGUUUAUUAGCUUUUGUACGAGAUGAAUGUCAUGUCGAUGAUGUUUUAUAUUAUAUUAUCGAAGCGUUAUAGCGAACUGGAAUGUCGCAUUAAUUAAAAAUGAAAAUAACAGAAAGAAAAAAAAACAAAUCUCGUGACUCUGUUUACAAUUCAUUGUAAAUCUUUUACCGUGUGAAUCUCUCAGUAAAGGAAUAACAUUGUUAGCUCUUCUUUUGGGCAUUUCGCUAUGUUGCAUUUUUAAAGUCGAACGUUAUUUUUUGAUGGUAAAUUUUCCUUAUAAUAUCUCACAACUGUGAGUUUAGAAAAACUAUCUAGCGAUGAAUACGUUUGUUUUAUAAUUUAACUAAGAAUGUUUUUUAAUGAGAGACGCUAAUUAUAAUAAUAAUAAUCAUGAUAUUUAGAGAGCCGAGAUUCACGUGAUUCAGUCAUUUAAUUAAUACACGUCGAGACUUUGAAGUUUGUUUUAAUGUUUCCGGAACUAUACUUUUCUUAAGUCCAUUGUUGAAUCUUCAGAGUAUCCAACGAUAAUCAACUAAUUUUGAAAUAAAAAAAGUCGAAUCACGAUUGAAUAAAAUUUUAAAUAAGAAAAGAUAAUAUUUGAUGAUAUUCUGAAAAAAAAGUUGUAAAAGAAGACUGUAAAAUUAUAUUUCAUCAUGAAAUAUUGAUGGUUUGAUGUGUCUGCAGUUCGUGCAAAAUUUAGAAGAAAUUACUCAAUUUUCAGAAAAAAGACAAAGAAAAGCAAUUGUAUGUAGUGUUUGUUUUAUUGGCAACAUAGCUAUGUAACAGUAGUCGAGUCAGUUUACUCGUAUGAUAUAUUUAUUGUAAUCUAAUAUUGUUAUAUAUUGAAUUUUUGAAGGAUGAUCAUUGGAAAGCGAGGAAAAUUUAUAUAUAUGCAUAUUAUAAAAUACGUCAGUGUACAUAUAAAUAUAAACGUAAAAAGGAGACGAUUCCUCUCGUCAAUAAGAAAUAUAAAGUAAAUUCUCAUAUGGAUUUCUCAAAGAUUUAAUGAAUUACGUGUGGGAGAAAGAUUCAAUACAGCGUACGCGUGUCUAAAAAUUAAUGAUAAAACAUUCGGGCUACAUAUCUCUGAUUAUUAUUAACAGUGCAUUUAUUUAUUAUGUUAUUAUAUAAAACUCUAAAUUACAGUCAACUUUGGAAACUGUAAAGCAAAAUUUUGUCAGAGAAAAAAAGAUUGACAUUAAGAAGUUAAGAGUGUCAAAUUUUAAUAUGGGCGAAAUUGAAAGUUCGCGAUGCCUAUUUUAUAUGUUUAUUAUUAAUCAAUUAAAAAAGUCAUACUUGAUUUUGAUCGAAAAGAUGGAAUAGUUUACGAGUAGGUUAUAUUUGUAUUUGUUUUAAGUAUAUCAUUAGAUAUUAUCUGUUGUUAUGUUUGUUAUAACGUCUACAUGAAGGAAUUGGAUUUAGUCGUUUAUAAUAAGUUGUACAUUCAAAUAAUUUAUCUCGAUUCACUUAAAAAAAAUAAAUAAAAAAAAUAAUUUAAUAAAAAUUGUUUUUCAUUUGAACGGUUUACAUUUUAUUCUGUACUUCUUUCAAUAAUAAAAUAAAAAAGAGAUCGUAUUCACUCAUUUGUAAGGUGAAUUAAAGAUCUCAACAUAUUAUUAUGUAUCACAUUACCGAAUUAUUAAAUACGAACAUAUCCUCACUCAUAAUAACAAUAAUAACUAGAUAUUCGGUGUUAAUAUCAAAUAAAAAGUAUUUUUCGUCACGGAUACGUCAAGAAUGGCAAUGCUGCAGAGUAUUUUACUUUCAUUAAGAAGACACGGAAGCCUAUGAUGAUAAGAAAGUUUUAUCAGUACACGUCUGCACUGCUCAGCUACUAUACUUUAUACAAUAAUUACAAAUCUAAUUAUUUGUAAAGCCCCCCCCCUUAUCCCAUAAAGAUCGUUAUAUGUUAAGAUCUAAUGACAACCAGCAUUGGUCACACGUGAAAGCGUUCUUUGUGAAUAGUUGUUACAUUUCGUGUCCUUUCGCAUUCCUAUUAUCAUGUCGUUUUAAAAUAAAACUUCUGAUCGUGGCGGUGUCUAUCGAAGGAUGUAGGUCGAGAACGAAUUCCAUAGUGAAUUCAUCGACUAUUUUAUUUAGGUCAAUUAAUAUUUGGUAAAAUAUCAAACUUUAUUUUACCAUAGGCACAGAUCAGCAAAAGAUAACGGGUACAGUGAAUUGCAAAAGAUAGUAGUAGCUGUCGUGCAAUAUAUAGUGUGUUUUCUUGCUUAUUUUGGGACUUUAGAUAUACGAUCAUUGGCGUACGGUAAGAGAAACGGACUUAUCGUAAUUAUUAUUAUCGCAGUAUUUCCAUUUGAACAUUAUGGAUAAAUCGAAUCUAUUUCUUACUGCCAGCAUCAUAUUAUUAUUAGACUCCGAAAUUAUAAUUCAGACAAUAUAAAGCCGGUAGAAACAAAAUAACAAAACAUCGGAAUAUAAGCUAUUCCAUUCAUAUGGCAAACGUAAUUGGCUAUUUGACGUGUUUACUUACAGUUUUACGGGUACACGCUACGAUGACAGACUAUUCGAGUUACGAUUUUAGAAAAGAAAAUCUUCGUUUCGUAAUCUAUUGAAACUCUUCAGCGGCUCGAUGAUCAUAUGAGCAAACGCAUUAUAUCGUCUAGCGUUUUACAGAUUAUCCACUUUAGCGAGUCGACGCCCUGCAAUAAUGUUGCACAGUCUGCUUGAAACAGCUUGGUUUAUAUUUGUAUGAUGCUCAGGCCGUAUGGCACCCUGUUAGUUUGCGCUGAUAAAAUCUCAACUUGGCCCCCUGUAGACGCAAUUGUUAUCGUGCUCGGCUAAACGAAGCGAAGCGUUUCUGGAUACCUCAUACGGACGAUCGAUUCACAAUAUUAUGAUGAUGAAAACGUGCUCGUAUGUAUUUAUUUAUUUGUCACGGCUUGUCUCGAUUGCUAGCGAUGAGACGCACUGUUGUAUACGGCAAUUUGAUAUGACGUAUCGCGGACACCGCGGAUGAGCCAGCAGGCUGGAAUAGUGCGCUGUCCUAUGGCUGAUUGCUUGCCAAUGAUUCCCUGUACAAUCAAUAAAGAAUUGGAUCGUGACUGUGAAGAUCGUCGCGACAGAUUGUUCUCUGCGGAAAUGAGCUUUGAGGCAUGCGUUCCUCGCAACGAUCAUUCCUUGUCAAGAUAUGCUGGCAAUGAAAAUUGAACCAAAUUGCGGGGGCAUCGCUCUGGAACCGGCGCGCGAUUCGAAAGAGAGGCGACCGCGUCUUCCGAAAUAAUCGGGCGAUUUGACCGAGCACACGAUCCUCGCGGGCGCUCCGGCCCCGGAGUCGUGCUCGCGUUGUACGCGGCGACUGGCGUUCGCUUCGCAGUCUUGAAUUCGGUUAAGCCCCACGGUCGAGCCCUUGCAGUCUGGGCUUGCUUGGGCGAACGCGUUACCUCGUGCGACCGAGGCACCGCGACGGAAAAACGAGGAGCGACGGAGGAAAAAUUGACUCCGUUAUUUUUCGUUCCGUCGAUCAGCUCGGCCGAGUAAUAAGCAGCGAAUGCUAAAAAAAGACUCGCCGGAACGUCGCACGAGCAUUAAUUCAUAGGCGAGCAUCUUGGUAUUGGUGUUAAGCAUAUUAGCCGCUAUUACGUUUGCAAUCA